AUGUCCUUAUUGAGACAUCUGGGAGUUAUACAUUUUCACCAUCCACUGUCUCACGGUCUUUCGGCUCGUGCAUGCUGCUCGACCUGGUUCGCAACUGGGCAUGAUAAUCGAUCAACAAUUUUCCAGAAAUGGACGUUCCCGAAUCGGUUUCUCCAUUCCUCUCUGAAAUCGGAUCGCAUAUUGCGAUCAAGCACCCGUAUCCCAUUUUGCCCCCGACGAAUUCAACACAUUCGUCCUCCUUCGGAUAUUGGUCUGGGUGAGCUGUCAGAUCCCAAAAAGCCCUUAUCUGAUUGGUCGAUUGUCACCCGAUUGUUUGGAUAUAUAUGGCCUAAUGAUCGACCAGAGAUUCGAUGGCGUGUUGUUGCCGCCCUGGGCCUAUUAUUCUCGUCAAAACUAGUCAACGUUUUAGUACCUUUUGUGUUCAAACAUGCUGUGGAUUGUUUUUCUGGCGACGUUCCGAUACCGUUAUCCAGUCUGGCACCAUCCACUGCAGCUUUGACCAUUCUUGCAUGCUAUGGUCUGUUUCGAGCCACUGCGUCUGGUCUGAACGAACUGCGCACUGCUGUGUUUGCUCGUGCCGCGCAAUCCUCGAUUCGUCAGGUUGGAGUGCAGGUUUUUAGGCACAUGCAUGAUUUAGAUCUAUCCUAUCACCUGGGUCGACGCACAGGUGCUCUCGGCAAAGCGAUCGAUCGCGGAGCACGUGGUAUUCAAUUCAUUCUGACUGCCCUGGUGUUCAAUUUGUUCCCAACAGGACUCGAGGUGGCCAUGGUCACAGGAAUACUGUACUAUAAAUACGGCCUACCGGCUAGUAUGGUCGCGUUGACAUGCAUUGCCGCAUACACCUCAUACACGUUCGCUGUGACUCGCUGGCGCACACAAUUUCGUGUUGAGAUGAAUCAGGCCGAUAGCCGAGCCGGGAGUCAGGCAACAGAUUCUUUGAUCAAUUACGAAACGGUUAAGUACUUCAAUAACGAGGACCAUGAGACCGCUAUUUACGAUCAUCUCCAGUCACAAUACGAGCGUGCGAGUAUCAAAACCACGACAAGUUUAGCUUUACUGAAUUUCGGUCAAGCCGCCAUUUUUUCAGCUGGACUUGCCGCGGCAAUGAUAAUUGUCGGAAGUCAAGUGGCGAUCUCCACCGGAGGUGAUCUUCCCGCGGUGGUUUCCAUGCUCGGUAGUGCGGCUACCAGUGUGUCUGAGGGAUUGACAAUCGGAGAUCUAGUCCUGGUGAACGGUUUACUGUUUCAAUUGUCGGUACCACUAAACUUUUUGGGCACAAUGUAUCGAGAAGUGCGCCAGUCCCUGAUCGACAUGUCCACAAUGUUCUCAUUGAUGGAACUCAAACCAGCAGUCCGAUCCGAUCCCGGAGCGCCCAAUUUGAUAAUCGACAAAUCGAAUGCUUCCAUCGAGUUUGAAGAUGUGCAUUUCGCUUACUAUUCCAAAGGUCCAGGUGAUUCCGACCUAGUGGGAAAGAAUAUCUUUGAUGGACUCAGUUUCAAGGUUGAACCAGGCAAACGUGUGGCCGUGGUCGGUGGAAGCGGUGCCGGCAAGUCCACAAUUGUUCGUUUGGCUUACCGAUUUUUCGAUGCACAAAGUGGUCGUGUACUGAUCGGGGGCCAAGAUGUGCGCUCGGUCAAUUUGGACAGCCUUCGACGUGCAAUUGCUGUGGUACCUCAGGACACUGUACUGUUUCACAACACAAUUUACUACAAUUUGCAAUACGGCAAUUUGAAUGCUACUCCGGAUCAAGUGUACGAGGCCGCUCAACUCGCUGAUCUGGCCUGGGCCAUUCAACGCAUGCCUCACGGUUACGAGACUCAGGUUCGUAAUAUUUUACGACGCUUGACAAAAGUCACGCCUGGUCUGACGUCGCUAGUGAUCGCGCACAGACUGAGCACGAUUGUUGAUGCGGACGAAAUCCUGGUCUUACGAGACGGUCGUCUGUCAGAACGUGGCACUCAUUUUUCUUUGCUCAGCCAACCAAAUUCCUAUUAUAGUCAACUUUGGGAGCAACAACUGCGCGGGACAAACGUACCCAAUCUAAUCAACGAGUCUCUCGACCCCCUGGCCGAGUCCAAUGUGGCCGGCAUUGCUCGUGACCAGUAG